AUGGCAGAGCAAGAAAUUGAGGACUUUGACGCUGACAGUGUGUCAGACACAGCCUGCAUGCUCAAUCAUGUUCAUCCUCCACCGUACAGCAUUGAUGACCAGCCAUGGCCUUUGGAAGCACGCAGCAUGUGUGGGUUCUGGGGAUGGGCUUUCCUGGUCACUGCUUUUAACUUUCUGUUGUUCCUCCUAAACUUUGUUCUCAUGGGCACUGUGUUUUGCAUUGUGCUGCUGCCCACUAUCGUGGUGGUGUACUUUGGGUUUCAGUGUCACUCCAGGGUUAUUCAUUCUGAUGCCUAUUACUGUAAAACUAUCCUCGAUGAUAACAGUUCCUCCGCCCUCAUCAUUCUCGGUUUUGUCCUAAUGUCUCCCCUGAUUGUUAUUGCCAUGGUGACCUACUGUAGUGUGGCACGCCGUCUGCGUCUCUUCCUUUGCUUCCUACCUUACUCCCGAGCCAUCUACAAAGGGAUGAAGUGGACUGGGCAUGACAACCCUAGUUUUUGUUGCUGUGGAAAAGAAUGGGACAGCAAUUUGAAGGCUUGGGUUUGA